AGUCCUUAGUUUCAGUUGGAAUUUAUCAAAAUGAGGUCUGUUCUGUUAGCUUUUGUUACCGUUGUGUUUGCAGGUAUUAGUGUGGGUGAAGACGCGAAACCAAAGAAUGCGUUAGAAGAAAAUGUACUGUUACUUUUCACAAAAUGGCGGGCUGGAGAGAGAGGACCAUUUUCAUUUCCUCUGCCGUCUUUGGAUGUAAUAUCGAUGCCGUCAACAAAUGGCGACUAUGAGGGAUACGGUGUAAGGAUUAAGUAUUCAACAAGUAACUUAUUUGUGAUUGGCUUAAAAAGAUUCUCUGUGGAGCAAAUUGAUAUUUCUGGAUCUAAACUGACAGCAUCCGGUGUAUUUAUAGUUCCCUCUAUAUCAGUUAUUUCAGAUAAAUAUAGCGUUAACGGAAGGGCUCUAUGGUUUAUACCUAUUAAAGGAUCUGGAACUAUGAAUAUCACUAUCAAGAAUAUACAACUGAAUAUUUCUAUCACAUUGAUUAACAAUAGUUCUCGUAUGUGGGUUGACUCAUCCAAUUUGUCUUUCAAAAUAAGCAGCGUAAAUGCAAACUUAGAAAACGCUCCAAAUACAAUCACUGUGUUGUUAAAUAAAUCCGGUGCGACAAUCUUAAAGAGUUAUCAUAAUGACAUCGUGAAAGCUGUGCAAAAUGUCAUGGUACCGGCCAUGGACAGUUUCCUGGACGGAAACAGGAUUGUAACGCCGGAUCAACUAUUCAGAUUGUUGGAGGAAGAGAAAACACCACCACCUACCGUAGUGCUCGUAGAAUAACACAGUUUUAGGCACAGAAGAAAUACAGAUAAAGAUUAAGAUUAGUUUAAGUAAAAAUAACUUAUUAUAGUACCUAUUUACACCUUUUAAAUCAAUUUUGUGUAUAUAUUUUAUUUCCAAAAAGAUUAAGUUAGGUAAGUAUAUUAAUAGGUCUUUACCUAUCCAACUGUCGUUUUUCAUGAUAUAAGUUAUGGCCCUUUUUUCUAUAUUUUUAAUUUUUAACAAUCAUAGUAAUUAAGUACUCAUACAAUCAAUGCAUUUUUGCCAACGUAACUGCUGAAUGGCAGACAACAAAUUAUGCAAAGGCAUUUUGAACUGCCUCUCGGUUAUUAAUUUUUUCCCCGCUAAAAAGUUUACAAAUUCUGGAAAAAGUAGAAGUAGGGACAAGGUCUGGUGAGUGCAGUGGAUGACGAUGAACUUCCAACCCUACCUUUUGUAACUUGGAAUCCAUCUGGUGUGCAGUAUGAGGUCGCGCGUUGUCGUGCAAGAGCAGCGGAACCGAACGAUUGACCAAAGCUGGUUGGAGAUUAGGACCGGCGCUAGAUCACCAAACAGUGACCAUCACUUUUUUAGGGGUCAGUAUUCGUUUGGCGUAUUGUUUAGAUACUGAACCAGGAUGUAACAAUCAACUUGCUGAGCGCUUGCGAUUGUCGAUUAGAAUCCAUUUUUCGUCGUAAGUAACAAUGCGAUUUAAUAUGUCUUCAUUUGUGUGCCUGUUGAGCAGUGCAAGGCUCGACAUGACGCGUACUUAAAUUCGUGGGGCACCCAUUUUUCAAGAUUUUUACCUUGCCAAUUUGACGCAAAUGGACCAAUAGGUAUUAUUUUGAUGCUAACAUCGAAAGCUACUGCAAAUUCAGCUGUAGAUUGAGUAUCAUCAGCUUCCACAAUCGCCUUUAAUUCGUCAUUGUCAUUUCACACUAAAGUGUUCAUCGACCACGGGGUUCUUUCCACCAGUUUUUCAAGUAUUAAACAUUUGAAAGAAGAAAUAGCAAUUAUAGUUAUGUUUUUAUUUACUUUUAAGCAUUUAACUGCUAGAUGUUUAAAUCUAAAGAAAAGUUUACUAGAAAAAAAUCCACGCGGGCCAAAUUUAAACAUCUAGCAGUUAAAUGCUUAAAAAUAAAUAAAAACAUAAUUAAUUUAUGUUGUAUACCUAAUAAUUUGUUCAGGAAUUGUAUCCUACAUUACCUAUUCUUAGUGAUCCAAGAAUCUUUAAUUUUCUUUUCGAUCUGUACCCUUAGCACGAACCAAUAUCGAAUUCGUAACGUUUGCGAGUCCGAAAUGUCAUUGUCAAAUGUGUACUGCUUUUUAGUUCUCGUUACGUUCUUUGUGGCGCUGCUGUUCAAGUUUCCAUACAAAAGGACAUUGUUCAGCGUCCAUACAUAGUUAGCCUUUUUUUUUUUUAAUACGCAGGUAAAAAAUCUAUUUACAAACGACGGCGCCUUUAAGAGGCACACCGCCGAACGGACCUCACACCUGGCUCCCGCAAGUCUUACGAACCCCCCAGUGGCUGCCCACCGAAGACCCCGCAACUCUUACGGGCGCUUUACGGUAUAAUAUCCGCUAAAAAAGUCCUGCGAAUACCCUCUAAGCUGCUUAGCGCGAAGCCGCGGGAUCCCCGUUUAGGGAUUCUCCGCGUCUCCGCACCUAGCAGCCUCCCGGCCAAGCCGGGGCUCCACGGCAGGGGUCUCCCGGGGUAUCGCGGGGACCCCGCAGACGUGCGCGGGUAGGCCCGCGCGCGGGGGCUGAGUACGCGGCCUAGUGCCCACCGUACCGCCCCCCCGUCCGCUGCGGAGGGCUACUUGGGCGUGCCCGUGUAGCUCCCUCCGCCGCCCCCCUAUUUGCAGGGCAGAACUACAAGGGGGGCUGCCGUCACGGGUAUACAUAGUUAGCCUAAGAACCAACAGUCAUGAAAUAUUAUUCUCUAGGUUCAAAAUCGUAAGUAAAUGACUGUAAAAACAAAGAUUAUUGACGGACACUUCUGAGAACUUCAAUUAUUAGGAAAACAUUUUUUUUUGAGGUUAUGUUUAAUAUUCAAUGAAACAUAGGUCAACCUAUGAAUUUAGUAUGAACUCAGUUUGAAGUGAAUUAAUAUUACAACUAAUUCAUUUUCUAUUUUAAAGAAUAACUAUUAGGAAAAUUUGUAUCAUAUUGUUUAUUGUAUUUAUUUGUAUAUCACAUGAAUAUUGUGAAAAUAUGCAGCGUGAAUGUUUAUCAGGUGUUCUUGAAUAAUUUGGCCGUAUGAUCCUCUCAGGAUGUUGUGGCACAGGUUCAUUAGCACUUGGUAAUAAGGGCUCUGCUCUUUGGUAACAUCGAUGGCAUAUUAGAUAGCUGAAAUAGUUAAAUUAAAGGAAAAACAUUCGCAAAUAAACACACACAACAGGUAAUCCGAAACGAGAAUGCACUUUCCGGUAUAAUAAACUACUCUUUGGGUGCGGCCAGAGUGCACUCAGAUUCAGAUUCUGAAAACAAGCGCGAGAAAUAAACAGUGUAGUCUAAGCAGGUUGCCUGCUUUUUCU